AUGUCUUUUGAGGGAGAAAAACCGUUGAUUCCCGGAGAUGGCGAGAAGCUGGGGCGAGUUCAUGCGCUUCAGUGGCGGUAUGAGGGUUUUGCUGGGGCCGAGUCCGUACCCAAUCUGAGUCUGGAGUCUGGAGCACAUGGAGUACCGCAAGCACACGGUGCAGGCCACUCGUACGGAGAGCGGUUAUUCAGGCCCGAGAUAGGGCGGGCUCUGACUGACGCUGCGCACUUCAUCAAGAUGAGCGCUGGGGGCGGUGGCGGGCGGAAUAAUAGCGAUAGUGAGGAUAGUGAUAGCGUCGAUGGACUCAGCGCGGGGCCGGGAGCCGUGGGACGCUCUGACUGUUACAGCGUCCUUAGCGGAGAAGACGCAGAGGAGGAUGACGCGUAUAGCCUGGAGUCGGAGCACAUGGUCGAGGGGGGCAAAGCGCCGGUUGAAGGGCCAAUGCCAAUGCAGUACACGUCACUCUCUGUCGCGGAGGCGUACCGGAGACGUCAGGAAGAGUGGGCCGAACGGGGAGCAGCGAAGCUUAUGAAGGAUGUGCGUGAUCCACAGACAGGACAAAUAACGCGGCAACUUAUUAAGAAGGGUAUUAAGGACUUCAAGUUUGGAGAGGCGCUUGGGGAUGGCUCCUAUUCAACGGUUGUGCUGGCAACCUGUAUAGAGAGUGGAAAGAAAUAUGCCGCCAAGAUAUUAAACAAGGAGUACUUGAUUAAGCAAAAGAAAGUGAAAUAUGUUAAUAUUGAGAAGAACACGUUGCAGCGGUUAAAUAGCAGUCGCGUGCCGGGAGUUAUCAAGCUUUAUUUUACUUUCCAGGAUGAAGCCAAUUUGUACUUCCUUCUAGAAUAUGCCCCCAAUGGCGACUUUUUAUCGGUCAUGAAGAGGUUUGGCACUCUUAGUGAAGAAUGUACAAAGUAUUAUGGGGCCCAAAUAUUGGAUGCCAUUCACCACUUACACAAGCAAGGAAUCAUCCAUAGGGAUGUCAAGCCGGAAAAUAUUUUACUAGAUAAGACAAUGAAGAUCAAAUUGACAGACUUCGGUACCGCAAAGCUCAUCGGCAGGGAGGACGAAAACAAGCCUUAUGAUCUCAAUACUCGUUCGAAGUCAUUCGUUGGUACAGCAGAGUAUGUGUCUCCAGAGCUAUUGAAUGAUAACUAUGUCGAUAGCAGAUGUGAUAUCUGGGCAUUCGGCUGUAUUCUCUUUCAAAUGGUAGCCGGUAAACCUCCUUUUAAAGCGACGAACGAAUAUUUGACUUUUCAAAAGGUGAUGCGCGUUCAGUAUGCAUUUACAGCAGGCUUUCCAAUGAUCCUUCGAGAUUUAAUCAAACAACUUCUCGUCAAAAAGCCUGAGCAAAGACUAACCAUUCUCCAGAUUGAGAAGCAUCAUUUCUUUAACGAUAUUAACUUCCGCAAUGGCAGCGUGUGGUCAAACCCAGCGCCGCAGAUUGCACCCUAUAAAGUUACAGCCAAAGCCAUGCAAUCAGUCCCUGUAAAAAGCACCAAGUCUCAGUUAUAUGGAGAUUCCAGCAGGAAACAAAGUAUUAGCAAACCAUCUUCGUCCUCUAGCUCUGUUCCAUCUUCGCAACGCCAAACUCAAACAGCACCAGGGACCUCGUCAAGUGUUGCGGAACCUGUUAAGCUAAGCGCUCCCACUAGCAAAUUGGAUUCUCAGACGGCCAGGAUAUUAGAGCAUGCAAGAAAUGAAAUAAGAGAAAGGAAAAACAUGCGGGGUACAAGUGCUUCUGCCGCAGCUGCUGCCCUAUAUGGGAGAAGACCUUCAAAUAGCAGCGUCUGGAAUGGGAACCACUCGCCUCCUUCGGCAUCUGUGAAAACCCCACAUAGUGCACCGGCGCACACUGCGCAAUCAUCUUCAUCUCAUGGGUCGCCGACGUCCACAGCAAAUUCUGGUCAGAAAUCAUCCACACAGAUGUCCAAAGCCGAUAUCCUAUGGUCUUUUUACCUAUUGAAAUUAGAUGAGCGCAUUAUCAAGACAGGUGAUGUCCAAAUUACAACGAUAAAGAACAUCGAUCUGGAAGGGCAAUUAACUAAGCUCAAUGGGUUACUGGUUCAGCCUUUAAAGAAUAAUUCAAAGCCUAGCUUUUUAACAAAUGUCGUUCGGAAUGGGAAGAGCACUAACGGACAAACAAAUUCUGAUAGAAAACUUCAGUCUAUGAACGAACAAGAUUAUUAUGUAGAAUCGGAAAUUGCAUGGGAUAAUGUGAAGGAUGAGAGGCGGGAUAGAGUUACCGUUGAAAGCGGUGAUGAUAGCGGGACGAUGUUUAACAGGCUACGCAGAUUUUUUGGAUCGCGGUCUGACGAUAGCUUUGAUGGUUUUCGUGAAAAUACACGCCCUCUACAUAGGACCAUGGUGUUGACUAGUUACGGUAGGUGUCUCAUCUUUACCAAAAUGAUUAAACCAUCACCAGUUACAGAUCUUCCUUACGAAAUACAGUACGAGCUCAAUCUAUGCAAGGAAGGUGUUUCGAUUAAGGAAAUAGUGACUGACGGUAAUGAAACUGGUCUUUUUGUAAUUCAGACCCCCUUCAGAUCGUUUAUCUUUAAAUGUGGUAUGUCUGAUGUUGAUCAGUGGACUGCUGCUCUACAAAAAAGCAUCAGACUAAACAAUGAGAGGUUGGCCCUGGAAGGCAAGGACGAGGGUCCAAGUGAAGUGGCAAAUUUAGCUGCCCGUAUGAGCGUUGGUCGUCAAGCAUCCACACCGAAAACCCCUAACAAUCCGAUAAUGAGAUCCCCGUCAAAACAGCAGCAUGCCUCCACAACUCCAGUCAAGAAUCGAGCAGGAACCCAACAUGUUACACCAAAUAAUAAAACGAUUUCUGCUCCAGGUACGCCAGCUCUGAAACCUAACGGCGAAGGGAAACAUGAGAGACUAUUUGAGUCUUUCAUCAAUAGGAAAAACACCGAGAAGCAACCAGUACAGCCUGUUCCACAGUCGUCGACACUAGUGCAUGGUCUACCUCUCUCUUCCCCCCGCGUUCGUGUAGUUACACCGAGAAGUUCAGUAAGCGCGUCAUCUCCUCAUUCUACAAGGCACAAAUCAGUGUCAUCUAGGAUGUUCACGAGAACUGACCGUUCCCUGCGUCGGUAA